GAGAUCAUCUUUAGCUUUGAUAUAUACAAGCAUCUCUCAAUCGGAUUUUCAUUGUUACAGCUGGCUAGGCCAUACAGAUUGAACUAGUUAACCAUUAGUCCUCCUUGCCUGUAAAAUCUAAAGACAAAAUCCUAGGCAAACAGAGAUCAGAUCAGCUUGGAAAAUCACAAAGAUGGGGUUUGAAAGAGGAGAACAGGUUGAGGUGGUCAUGGAAGACGAAGGAUUCAAGGGUUCCUAUUACCCUGCAAUUAUCAUCUCGAAGAAGGGUACUUCACGGUACAAGGUGGAGUACACAACCCUCUUAAAAGACGAUGAAUCGGGGCCGCUGGAAGCAGUUAUCGACGUCGAUCAGCUCCGGCCGGUGCCACCUCCGAUGCCGGUCAUGGACUUUGAUUUGUAUGAUUUAGCUGAUGCAUAUGAGCACGACGGUUGGUGGGGUGGAAUCAUAUAUAAGAAAUUUGAAUUGGACUAUCUUGUUUACUUCCCUACACUUGGAAAAGCACUGGCUUACCCUUCGGAGAAACUGAGGAUACACCAGGAAUGGGCCAAUGGCAGGUGGACUUGCACGAAAUCGGCAAACAAGAGUUUCGAGGAAAAACAGGCAAAAAAGAGUCCCAAAGGAAAACAGGCAAAGAAGAAAAAUGUUAGCCUCCCAAAGCCAACAGUUGUGGAGUUCCAAACUGGACAAAAAAUGGAGGUGAUCGAAGAAGAGGAAGGUUUUGAGGGUCCUUACAAUUCUGCAAAUAUAAUAUCUAUUGAGGGUCCAGUAGACAUUGAAGAAAACACGGGGCAACUUUCCAAGAAAAAGCAGGAGAAAAGGAGUUCCAAAGGAAAACAGGCAAAGAAGAAAAACAUCGGCCUUCCAAAACCAACAGUUAUGGAGUUCCAAACCCGACAAGAACUGGAGGUGAUCAAAGUAGAGGAAGGUUUUGAGGGUCCAGUAGACAUUGAAGGAAAAACAGGGCAAAUUUCCAAGAAAAAGCAGGCGAAAAUGAGUUUCAGAGGAAAACAGGCAAAGAAGAAAAACAUCGGCCUUCCAAAACCAACAGCUGGGGAGCUCCAAACUGGACAAGAACUGGAGGUGAUGAUAGAGAAGGAAGGUUUUGAGGGUUCUUAUAAUGCUGCAAAUUUAAAAUCUAGUGAGGGCCCAUCUCAAUAUCCACUGGAAUACAAGACCCUCUGGAAAGAAAGCAAGUCCGGACCAUUGGUAGAGGUUGCAGGCGAUGAUCAGCCCCUUCUUUUGCCACCUCAUGUUUUGGCAAACAAGAGUGUCAAGGAAAAACAGCCAAAAAUAGAGUAUGAAGGACAAACAGGCAACAUUAUCCAGAAAAAACGAGCAAAAAUGAAUUCCAAGGGAAAACGGGUACAAAUAGAGUUUGAAGAAGAAACAGGCAAAAUUUUCCAGAAAAAACCGGCGAAAAGUAGGUUCAAAGGAAAACGGGCAAACAAGAAAAAACUCAGCCUUCCAGAACCAAAAGUAAUAGAGUUCCAAGCCGGAGAUGAAGUGGAGGUGAUGUUGAAGGAGGAAGGUUUCGAGGGUUCGUACUAUGCUGCAAAAAUACUAUCUAAGGAGGAUGCAUCUCAGUAUAAAGUGGAGUAUAAAACCCUCUUGAAAGAAGACGAUUCCGGACCACUAGAAGAGGUUGUCGAAGUUCAUCAGCUCCGCCCUUCGCCACCUCCUUUUCCGGUCAGCUAUUUCAGCUUGUAUGAGUUAGCUGACGUGUAUGAGAGCGAUGGCUGGUGGGCUGGGAUCAUAAAUGGGAAAUUCCAGUCAGACUAUUUCGUCUACUUCCCUACAACUCAAGAAGAGAUCCCUUACCGCUUUGAGCAAUUGAGGGUGCAUCAAGAUUGGUCAGAUGGCCAGUGGAUUUCCUCCAAGGAGGCAACGGACCACAUUAUCAGUAUCUCAGAGCCGGAAGGGAAUACAAAACAAAAAAGGACGAGGAAGAUUAAGAAUAAGGCAUGAUGUAUGGCUUAACAGCUGGAUGAGGAUUGACUCACUGAGGAGGCAAUACAUGAACAUUUUCUGAUGAAAUGCAAUACCAUACACAGACUUUAUAUGGAGCGACCAUGAUGAGAAGGGUUUAGCUUACCUUUUUUUUUUUUUUUUUUGGUGGUUGAUGGCUUGUUUUGUUUCUUUUGAUUGGCUGUAUUAAUUACAUCCAAUUGAUGUCACAUUUCUAUUAGGUGAAUUGAAAUAUAUAAACUUGAUACUGUAUUUAAGGGGC